GCUGCUGCUGGAGCAGGAGGGAAAAUUUUCAGGAAGUGAUCGCGUUCUGUUUGAACCAGUCUACAUUUUGUUUUUCUCCAAGAGUGUUGACAAUAUAUUCGCUUUAGCGAAUUACCGACGAAAGCACAUUAUUAGAUUCUUGCACAAGAGCAAACUUAACACGCUGAUAGUUCCCUUUGGAGAGUGUUUCAAUGACCGCACCUAAAAAGAGGGGGCUACCCAAACCGCUCCCAGAUGGCUUCACACUGACUGACACGGUGAAGAAGAAAUGGAGGCUGGGGAAAAUCUUAGGUCAAGGUGGCUUUGGACUGAUCUACUACGCAUCCAACGACAUUGGCAGGCCAGUCUCAGCUGAUACUGACUUUGUGGUAAAAGUGGAGUACCUUGAGAAUGGCCCCCUCUUCUCUGAGCUCAGCUUCUACAUGAGGGCAGCCAAACCAGAGAGUAUGCAAAAAUGGAUGAGAAGUAGAAAACUUGACCAACUCGGCAUCCCAAAGUACUGGGGAUCAGGGCAGGCUGAGUAUAAUGGCCUCAGGUAUCGUUUUAUGGUUAUGGAGCGACUGGGCACUGACCUACAGAAAAUCAGCGAACGUAACGGAGGUCGCUUUAAGAAAGCUACUGUUCUCCGAGUUGGUCAAGUACUGGUGGAUAUACUGGAGUAUAUGCACGAGAAUGAAUAUGUUCAUGCAGACAUCAAAGCUUCCAACCUCAUGCUGGGUCAUAGAAACCCUCAAGAGCUCUACUUAGUCGACUAUGGGCUGGCCCGAAGGUACUGUAUUGAUGGGGUCCAAAAAGACUAUAAGGAAAAUCCCAAGAAAGGCCACAAUGGAACCAUUGAGUACACCAGCCUCGACGCUCACAAAGGUGUUGCUCCAUCAAGACGUGGAGACAUCCAGAUUCUUGGUUUUUGCCUUCUUCACUGGUUAUGUGGUUCUCUUCCCUGGGACAGUGAUCUCAAGAACGCAGUUAAAGUCAUGGAAGCCAAGGCCAUACUGAUGGAUAAGCUGCCAGAGUCUGUCCAGCAGCUGUCAGUGUCUGGAGCAAGCACAGCUGAGGUGGCUGCCCUGCUCCUGUAUAUGAAAUCUCUGGGCUUCCAAGACAAGCCUGACUACCAGCGCCUAAGGCAAAUUUUGUCUACUGGAGCAAAGGAAAAAUUGGAUUUCUCUGUACCUCAUGGAGUCGGGGAGAAGUCCAUGUCUAAGGUGCUCGAUACCCCCCUCAGGGGCAAGAGAACGGCAAAAGGUCGAGGCUUCCCCAAAGCUAAGACUGCAGCCAUGGAAGUGGUUGAUGAUGAUGAUGAUGAGGAGGAGGAGGAGGACGAAGAGGAAGAGGAGAAGAAGUUUAAACAAGCGUCAAGUUGCAACAGACGAGUGGCACCUGCUCCACAGGAAGUGUGUCGUUUGGAUGUGCUGCGCCAAAUUGUGUUUAUGAGGAAACAAACUGUGUCGACGUUGCGGAUUUGUUGGAUGGAGUUUUGCUGUUGCUGUUGGAUUUUGGAGUUUCGCUUUCCCUCACCUUGUUCCACUGACUUCAUGGAUCGUUCCAAGAAGUUUUCCCCAGUCUGGAAUAAUUUUGAUCUUUUGACACCAAAUAAGGUGAAGCGUCGGCUCUGCUCCACAAAGCUAUCUUACAUCAAUAAGAGCACUUCAUCAAUGCUCGGCAUGGCAAUGAAGAAUUGGCAGAUACUCGUGUGAGUACCCUAGUUCCUUACAAGCAAGCAGUGGAUGAGGCUGUGGUCAACAUGAUCAUCAAAGACUGUCAACCACUCACCAUUGUUGAAAAUGAGGGAUUCAGGGAGCUCCUGAAACGUAUCAACUCGCACUUAAAUUUUUAUGCUCACCAUCUUCAUCUGUACCCUGUGAAAGAGUUUUUUCUAAGGCAGGGGAACUGGUGUCUAAGAGGAGAAAUUGCCUUGGAGCAAAGACACUACAAAAACCUUUGUUCCUCAAUAAAAAUGCAUAAAUGAA